GCUUAAAAAAGACUAAAAUCCGCAAUCCCUUUUCCCUAUUCUUCCCUGGCAUCUAUGCUAAUGCUCCUAUGCCUCAGCCGCACCUUCUGCUAAGACUGCAACAUCGUUCGCCAAAGCAGUAGAUCCACGGUGGUACAAACCCAACAGGUAAACCCCAAAACCCAACUCAAAGGAAGCUACUUUACAUUCAAAGAACUCAACUUUUUUGUUCUAAGGUUAUUUAGCGAAAUUGGAAGAGAAGAAGGUAGGUUUUUCAAAGGACUAAACUUUAACAUUCAAGGAAGCAGCUUUAGUUUCAGAAAAAUGAACCCAUUAUCUCAAUUUUUGUUGGCAAUUCUCUUUUUUCAUAGCUCAGAAUACAUUUUAGCCGUUGCCAUCCAUGGGAUAUCAAAUGUCAGUCUCGAGUCACUUCUUAUAAGUAAAGAAUAUGUUCUAGCCAUGGUUUUUUCAUUGGUUGAAUACUUUUUCGAAGUCCUUCUUUUCCCUGGAUUAAAAGAACAUUUGCGGGUUAGUAAUCUGGGGCUUGCAAUGGUUUUUAUUGGAGAAAUUGUAAGAAAAUUGGCUAUUGUAACAGCAGGUCGAUCUUUUACACAUUUGAUUAAGGUUUAUCAUGAGGAUGAUCAUAAGUUGGUUACAAAUGGAGUUUAUAGAUUUGUUCGUCAUCCGAGUUACUGUGGUUUUCUGAUUUGGUCAGUUGGAACUCAGAUAAUGCUGUGUAAUCCCAUAUCGACUAUUGGUUUUGCGGUUGUUGUUUGGAGGUUUUUUGCAAAGCGGAUUCCUUAUGAAGAGUAUCUUUUGAGGAAGUUUUUUGGAGCAGAUUAUGAGGAGUAUGCUCGCAGAGUUCCUUCUGGGAUUCCAUUUGUGAAGUGAAAAUCCUUGGAUUAUGUUUAUAGGGCUGACUUUGAUUCAAAUAAGCUUUUUUGGUGUGAUUUGGGGGUUAGUACUCGGGGCUUGGAAUUGGUUUAAUGGUAGUAAUUAUUAGAAAAUUGGCUAUUCUGACCACAGUUAGUCUUUUACACAUUUAAUCAGAUCUGGUUUACCAUGAGGAGCAUCAUAAGUUCGUUACCAAUUGUGCUUUAUGGAUUGGUUCGUCAUCUGGAUCAUUAAGGUUUUUUAGUGUGGUUCGUUGGUACUCAAAUAAUGCUAUGUAAUCCUGUUUCAAUGUUUGUUUUGCUGUUGUGGUUUGGUGGUUCUUUGCAAAGUGGAUCCCUUAGGGGGGGCUUUUCUUUGAGGCGGUUUGUCUGGGCAGAUUAUGAGGAGAACGCAUGAAGUGAGGAUUCUGAUUGUGCUAAGCUUUUUAAUUGAGGAAAAAGAAAUUCUUUUCAACCCUAAAAGAUUGGUGACUGGUAGGAGUAAGAUGUUCUGCACUUCUAUUGUUGCAGCCUUGUUCUUUUAUCAAGUUAUUAAUCCCCGACAUACUUGCAAAACAGGCAAGCAAAUGUAUUCAAUCUUCUUUUGCGUUCAUAUCUUUAUAACAGUAAAUGUUUUUUGAUGAUGUUAAUUUCAAUCUGUUGGUUUGAAUAAUACAAACCUAUUUGCUGUUAUUGUUGCCAGAUUAUAAUGUUAAUUUUCUUAUUUUGAUCCUGUUGGUGCUUUAACAUUGCUAAAAUUAGAAAUAUUCCCCUUUAUUUACUGAUCUCAAAUUGAAAAAAGAUAGCCAGGCGAGUCUUCCUUCAAAAUAGUUCUUCAGUGAAUGCACAUGCAUAAGAUUCAUAUGAGUAUGCAGAGCAGCUGUGGCUAAUGGGGGCUCUGAGACUUUACUAUCUUGUUUGAAACUAAAAUUUUAUGGAACAUAUGAGAUAGGAACAGGUUCUACUGCUUUAGUAUAGGAGCAGCUGCUAUUUGGAAUUACAAAGGGGGGUUUUGUUGCGGCUAGCUAUGCUGACUCUGAUCUGUCCCUUUGUUUUGGAUGCUGGUAGAGGAGACAUGUUAUGGUGCAGAAUGAUUCGCGGACAUUAUUGCUUGGUUUACUGGGAUGAACUGUCCGGUAUCAGUACUAAGUCAUUGGAUUGAUACAGUAUUCUGAUUUCUGAAUUGAUUAUUCUGUUUUAUAUCAUCUAAAUGUUCUUG